AUGGAGCGCACCUGCGUGCACAAGCACUACAUCGCCGCGGAGAUCCUCAACCACAGCGCCCUGCACCACCCAGGUGUUGCCAACCGGGACAUCAAGCUGGACAAUCUGCUGCUGCAGCCGGUGGAUGGGCUGCCUCAGCCGCUGCUGCUCAUCUGCGAUUUUGGAUACUCCUCGUCUCAGAGCGAUUCUGGGGAGGCGAGGGCCGACGGUUUCUCGCGCGUCGGCACGCUCAACUACGUCGCGCCAGAGGUGCUGCAGAACACUGGCUACGACAACCGCAAGGUCGACAUCUGGUCCUGCGGCGUCGUGCUCUACGCCAUGCUCGCCGGCAGCCUGCCUUUCGCCGCGCCGGACACCGCCGCGCCGCCCGCGCUGCUCGCCGCCAGCGUGGCGUGCAUGCUGCGGCAGAUGCACGCGCGGGCGCCGGACCUGCCGGAAGAUCUGAAGCUGUCGCCGGAGGUGGUGCGGCUGCUGCUGCGGCUGCUGGAGCCGCUGCCAGAGGCGCGGAUUGGGCUGGACGAGGACCCCUGGUUCCUGACCAACAUGCCCUCCAACGCGCUCGCCAUGAACCGCGAGUACCUGUCACUCCAGCCGGCGCGCCAGCAGACGGCCGCCCAGAUCAGCGCGGUUGUCGACGCGAUCACAUCCGAUGGGUGCCGCGAGGCAGCAUCGUCUUCAGACAGCGAGUUUGCAUCGUCGGGUGACAGCGACGACGACAGCCUCGACCACCUGGCACUGAACUAG